CUCCCCUCUUGACGAAUAAAAAAAAAAGAUCACCACCAGUCCACCACCAUUUCGAUCAGCCAUGGACAUGGUGGAGCACCAGCUUCUGCACUUCUCGCCGCAGGAGCACUUCAUGGCCAGCCCGGGCUUCUUCGCCGCCGUGGACGGCGGGCAUUUCCAGACCGGCGGGUUCGUCGUCGAGCCGCCCGUCGGUGUCGUGGCCGGCAUCGAGGACGGCGGGUGGGUGGAGGACCUCAUGCAGCUCGGCGACGAGCUGUUCGGCGGCGGUGAUGUCAUCGCCGCCGGCACGGGAGAUCACCACCAGCCGUGGCAGUUCGACGACAACGGCGGGUCCCCGGACGACCCACCGCCGAGCGUCUCCGUGGACGGCCGCGACGGGAGCCCUCGUUCGGCGGAGCAAGGCGCCGGGGAUGGGGAGCUCGCCUCCGAGCCGCACCGCGACCGCGAGAACGGCGGCGACGCGUCGCCGGCGACGACGCGGAAGCGGAGGGACCGGUCCAAGACCAUCGUGUCGGAGCGGAAGCGGAGGGUCCGGAUGAAGGAGAAGCUCUACGAGCUGCGGUCUCUGGUCCCCAACAUCACCAAGAUGGACAAGGCCUCCAUCAUCGCCGACGCGGUGGUGUACGUCAGGAACCUGCAGGCGCACGCCGGGAAGCUCAAGGAGGAGGUCGUGGCGCUGGAGGCGCGGCCGAGGUCGCCGCCCGCCGGCGCCGGGCACGAGCAGCAGCGGCUGCGCAGUGGCGGCCGCGCGGCGGCGGCGGCGGCUCGGCGCCUGCAGGACCGCGGCGGCGACGACGGCGCGGGGAGGCGGGGCCACGGCGCGGCGGUGACGCGCGUGGGCGUGGCGCAGGUAGGCGACGGCAGGUUCUUCGUGACCGUCGAGUGCGAGCGGCGGGACGGAGUGGCGGCGCCGCUCUGCGCCGCCGUGGAGUCGCUGGCGUGCUUCCGGGUGGAGAUCUCCAGCCUCGUCCCGUCGGGGCCCGACCGCGUCGUGUCGACGCUCACGCUCAAGGUGAGCGAGCAAGUAGGGGACGCGUCGACCAUCUGCGAGGGCUCGGUGAAGCUCUGGGUGAUGGCGGCUCUGCUCAAGGAGGGGUUCAGACCCGAAGCAACGGUCGAGAUCUCCUCAUGAUCCACUUGUCGAUGGAUCAACUGAUGUUCAGACUCCGUCUAGAACGAGAGUCAUCAAUCGAAUGUUCCAAAUUAGCUCAUUAUUUAGGCAUCGUUCGCUCUCCUCGGCUCUCCUGAUGUCAACUGAUUUUGUUAGUUCCCGCUCUAGAUCAUGUUCCGGGGGUGAUGUGCCAGGUCUUAUCGGCUUGUUCAACUGUGUGUGAUCUGAACCAUCCUCCAUCCAUCUGUCAGGCGUCUGUGUGCAGUGUCCAGUUGAAAUCUAUGGUACCGUAGCAGACAA